UCAAGAUGUAUUGCAGGUCUGCCUACGUUUCCGAUUUGUUCUCCCUGGCGGGGUCUUUCCACGCGCCCGCGGUGCUAUAGAUGGACAAAGUUUAGCACAGUCGAGCUGCCAAUUCCUCUCCUCCCUUUUUGCACAGAGGGAAAGGGAAGCAGAGAUAUGACGGAAUACGAUGAUCGCAGCUGUGCGUCAAAUAUGUAUUUACCGAGCUGCACUUAUUACGUUUCGGCGCCCGAUUUCACUUCAGUCUCGUCGUUUCUACCGCAGACCACUUCGUGCCAGGUCAAUUUCCCCUAUUCCCCCAACAUAUCCCAGGUCCAACCUGUUCGAGAGGUCGCUUUCAGGGAUUAUGGACUGGACCAUCCCAGCAAAUGGCACUACAGGGGCAAUUACGCGUCGUACUACUCAGCGGACGAGAUAAUGCACCGGGACUUGAUCCAGUCCUCGGGCAGCAGGGCGGAAGUGAUCUUCAAAAACGAGUCCUUGUACGGCCACCACGGAGGGACCAGCUCGCCGUGCAAUUUCUUCACCGGUGUCGGCCGCAACGGGGUGCUCCCCCAGGCCUUCGACCAGUUCCUGGACACCCCUAACUCGGAAAAGCUCGGCGCGGAGCUCCCCAAACAAAAGACAGACUCUGCUGCGCCCGGAGAUGAGGCGAACAACAACAACGACGACAGCGAGUCUUUGACCAAACUCGAGCAGGACAAAGCGGACCCGAGCGGGAGCGUGGACGAGGACUCAUCCUCCAACUGCGGCGACAAGAGCAGCCAACAGAGUUCAUCGACCAAGUCGAGGAAGAAGAGGUGCCCUUACACCAAAUACCAGAUCCGAGAACUUGAACGAGAGUUUUUCUUCAACGUGUACAUUAACAAGGAGAAGCGGCUGCAACUGUCCAGGAUGUUAAACCUGUCGGAUCGACAGGUGAAGAUCUGGUUUCAGAACAGACGCAUGAAGGAGAAAAAGCUCAACCGCGACCGCCUACAGUAUUUCACCGGGAAUCCUUUAUUCUGAUGCAUCUGACCCACACACACUCACACACACGCACACACACACCUACAUUUUUCAAGGACUGCUCUCCUCUGUACAUAUGAACCCUGAUCAUCCUUUUUUUAUUCCACAAAAUUCUGGCAUUUAAAGAAAAAAAUCCAACAAGAUGCCAUAUUUUUUAUGUUUAUUUUUUUUGCAUUACAAUCCUAUAUAAUACAUUUAUUUAUUUGUGUUCAUAUUUUUUUUUUCGCGUUACUGGCAAUUGAAUAUCUCCGCAAAGCGCGAGCUGUGCUUUGAAAUAAUUUAUAUAAACCCUAUACUAUGUAGCCUCCUUCCUUGUGUACUGUAUGUGCAUUUAUAAAGACGCAUGUAAUGUACGUUGUGUUGUGAAAUAAAGUAGACACGAAAAAAAUA